CCAAUGAGUAUCUAUGCCACAUCUGUACACUGGUAGCACGGGAUCCUCAACAAGUUACCUGCUGCUCUAAUAUAUACUGUAAGAGCUGUCUGGAUAUGCUAAAGAAGAAGGGUCAAGGGUUUAUCUGCCCAACUUGUCGUAGCUCACUAAAAGGAAAGUACUUUAAAGAUGGAAGAGUAGAAAGGGGAAUAAAGUCACUUAAGGUUUAUUGCACUAACACUGAUAGUGGGUGCCAAUGGAUGGGGACUAUUAAGGGUAUUGAUACUCAUCUUAAUAGUUGUACCUAUCAACUGGUACCUUGCACCAAUGGAUGUGGAGAGAAGAUGAGGAGAAGUGAACUGGAGACACAUCUGACAGACAACUGUACUAAACGUAUGGUUACUUGUCAGUAUUGCAACCAAAAAGGUCAUUACCAACUGAUAACAAGCAGCAGUCAUUUUGAUGAGUGUCCUGACCUCCCAAUCAAAUGCAGUAAUGAUGGUUACAAUGAAAAAAUACCACGACAAUCAUUAUCAUCACACAAGGAGGCCUGCCCUAAAGCUAUCAUACGAUGUGAAUACAAUACUGUUGGAUGGAAGAAGAAAAUAAAGAGAGAAGAACAAGAAGAGCACAAUGAAGAAUCAAUGAAACAACAUCUGAAGGCAGCAAUGAAGAAGAUUGAGGUACUACUUCCAACGAAUCAAGUCAUUAAGCUAAAUCAGUUCACAGAAAAGAAAGAAGAAAAAGAAGAGUGGUACAGCCCAGGCUUCUACACUUCUCCUGGAGGAUAUAAGAUGUCAUUAAAUGUUGAUGCUAAUGGCAAUGGUGAAGGUGAAGGCACACAUGUCUCUUGCUUCAUAUGUCUCAUGGCAGGAGAAUAUGAUGAUACAUUGGAGUGGCCAUUUCAAGGAAAAGUUACUAUAGAACUACUGAAUCAACUGGAGGAUAAGAAUCAUAAGAAGGGAGUUAUUCGUUUUAGAGACUCAACAGCAGAUAAAUACAAGGAAAGAGUGAGAGAAAGCAGAAAUGAAAAUGGAUGGGGCCUCAAGCUGUUCAUGUCACAUAAAGAAUUGAAGCAUGAUCCAGUUUCUAAUU